AUGUCGUUGCCGCAGAAGCGCGGGUGGCCGUCGUUGUCGGAGCUUAUUCUGCGCGCUGUUUGCCUCUCGACGAGCCGUAAAGGCGCUUCGUUGUCUGUCAUUAAGAAGAGACUUGCCACUGAAGGCUACAAUGUGGGGCGAAACGGUGGCCGCCUAAAGGUGGCGCUCUGUGCUUUGGUCAACAAAGGGCUCCUGCAGCGGGUGACGGGCAGCGGUGUCGCCGGUUCGUUUCGUCUCGGCCCUAAGGGUAAGGAGCGAGUGGAGGGACCCGGGCAGCGCGGGAGGGCGGCUGGUAAAUCCCGUCAGCGCCCCACCGGGAAGGCUAAGGGACGGAGGCGCGCUGUUAAAGUUACUGCGCAGCGGUUGAAGAAGCCGCGAAGACCUCGGGGAAAGGCGGCGGCAGCGGCAGAGGAGGCGGCCGGGGGUGCGGAGGAGGCCGGGGGCCCUGCGGCGGCUGGGAGCGAGUGUUAG